AUGUCGUUUAAGAUUUUUUUUCUUACAUGUUUAUUGUCAAUUAACUUUUUUAUACAAUCAGCAACAUGCGUUCUAUCAAACAAUGUACAAAAUCUUGAAUUUGAUGAUAUUACAUCACUAUGGGAUAAAUUUCCAUCCAUUAUUGAUAAAAUCAAAGAGACUGUUAAUCGAUUUCGUUGUCCAAAAGGAUGGAAACGUUUAGGUGGUUCAUGUUAUUAUCUUUCUAAUUUAACAUCAAUAUCUAGUGCUGCUAAUCAUACAUGUAAUUAUCUUCAUUCUAAUCUUUCAAAUCUCAUACAAAUACGAAAUGCAGUUGAACUAUUCUAUACUGCUCAUGUUUUAACAAGAAAUGAUUUAUCAUCAUUAAUGAUUUCUAUUGAUCCAAAUUUCCUUAAAGGUAAAAAAAUUGCAGAAACAUUAAUGAAUGAUCAAGGUCGAUGGAAUAGAAUGAAAUCCAAAUUUCAUGAAGUACGUGUUAAAUAUCGAAAUUUAAAACAAAAAAUUGUCGAUCGAUUAAGUUCAACUGGUUUACGUAUAUUAACACGUUCGAAAAAAAUGAAACAAAUACCAUCUAAACAAUCUUUGAUUCAUGAUGAAAAACAAUUCAAUAAAAAACAAUCAAAUAUAACAAAUAUUAUUUUUUCAAAUGAAACAACAAUUAAUAUUGAUUUAGUUACCUCCACUAAUGAUAAUGCUGAUGAUGAAGAAUAUGAAUAUGAUGAUCUUGAUUCAUCAGAUGAAAGUGAUGAAUUUGAACAAAUUGAAGAUAUUCGUGGUAUUUGUGAUCAAAUUGCUUGGAAUGCUUUAGAUAAUAAUUCAACUGUUUAUAUUCUAACAACAUAUAUUGUAUCAGAUAAAAUUGUUUGUUCAUUAAGUGAUGUUGAACCUGAUAUUGAAUAUCAUCAUAUUUGUGAAUAUGGACGUGAACGGACAAAAGUAGAUAGUAGUGAUGAUAGACAACAUCUAGUAUCCAGAGACAGAUCAGAUAACGAUAUAAAAAUCACUGAUGCAGCUCAUUUACAACAAAACAAUGGAACAUUUCAUUUACAAGAACGUCGUCCAACGAUUGCUGAAGAAAUUAUGGAAUUUCUACAAGAAAUCUAUCGAUGCAUAACUUUACCAAGAACUACAAAUCCAUUAUUAAAUCCAAUUAAACGUAAUCUUGUUCGUAGUAUUUGGGUUGGCCUUUUAAGUGUAUUACUUUUAUCAAUCUUAUUUCUAAUAACAACAAUAAUGUAUUUAAAAUCAUUUGUAUAUUAUAUAAGUGAUGAAAAAGAAGGAGAAUUCUCAAUUAAUGAUACAAUUCAUUUAGUUAAACAAUGUGAAAGUAUAUCAGAUUAUCGAAGAGGAAAUUUAAUAUUUUCUCCUUUUGCAUUGACUUUAAUACUUAUUUUUUCUUGGUCAAUGAAACGAGAUAAACAAUGUUUAGAUAUGUGUGAUCGUCGACCUGGUUUAUUGCCACCAAUUGAACCAUUUCGUACAGGAAAUCGUUUUACGACAGCAACUGUUUUUGGAAUUAUUGCAUAUGAAGUAUUAAAAAUUUUUGAAGAACUACUUUUUAAUGCUGGUCAACCAGCACAUCAAGGUGUACUUGUUGAAUUAUUGGAACGAAUAGCUGUAGUCAUUCUUGUCGGACUUCGAUAUUAUCCGGUGCUUGCUUCUCUACAAUUACGAAAUAUUGUUGCUCGUUUUUUCUCUUGUUUAUAUAUACUCUGUGAUAUUGUAUAUACAAUUGUACGAGAAGGUUCAUGUAUGGGUUUUCUACCAUUAUCAGGACAAUAUACUGUUUUGGAAGAAGCAAAACUUCGUAGAGAACUUGGUACAUGGUUUAUUAUAUAUGGUUUAAUAAAAAAUAUUCCACAUUUCUUUUUUCUUUCAUAUAUUGGUGCUGAAUUAUGUGUGCGUUUUGUAUAUGAUUCAAUAUAUGUACCAGUAAAAAAAAAGAAAAGUAUUUGGUCAGCCCCUAUUGCCCAAUUAGAUGAAUCAGAAUUUGCAAAAUAUUAUGUUACAAAAUUAUUUCGACGUAAUCGUCCGACAUCUCAAAUAAUUAUCCGACAAAAUCCAAAUACUGACAGUCUAAUUGAUUAUGAACAUGAAACAAAUCAACAAAAUGUAAUUAAUCAAUCACGUAUAAAAAAAUUUUUUGAUUUUUUCUAUUAUUGGGAUGAUGAUUUUCGUUUUACAACAAUCGCAACUUGUACUUAUACAGUAGCUAUCGUUUUUCUAUAUUAUUUGGCAUGUACAUUUGUUUUUCUAUACAUUGCAAGAACAACAGGACAUAUUUCAUUUAUAAGAUCUUAUAUUGAACACUCAGCAAAUGUUGAAUUAGAUGAUUCGUUUACUUUGAAACGUGAAAUAAUAUUAAGUGCUAUUAUAACAGCAAUUAUAUACGGAUUUCAAUUAUUUAUUGGAAUGCAAAAUUAUAAAAAACAUAAACUACAAUUAUAUAAAGGUAUAUAUGUUGAUGUUCCAUCAGCAGACAAUUUUAAACGAAGUUCAAUAGCAUCGAAUUCUGUACAUUAUUCUGGUUUUCUUGUUGGAUAUAUGGCAUGGGGUUUUGUUAUUUGUUUUCAUUUAAUACUUUUAAUAUUGAUUGGAAUAAAAAUUCUUUCAUUACAAAUUCGUCAAAUUGAAUUAGCACUUGCUAUUAUUGUACCUAUACUUGUUAUUUAUCUAUUAAAAAUGCUUAGUAUGGCAUCAGCUGGAAAGUUUAUUUUUAUACAAAAAUUAGAUAAUAAAUUGAAUUUAAAAAGUCGUAAAACCUAUGCAAUAUUUAUUUAUUUCAGUUUUUUUGCUGAUUGUUUUCUUGGUAUGGCUUCAUGCAUUAUUCGAUUGAUUAAAGCAACAUUUCUUAAUGUUGUAUUUAUGGCUCGACUUGAUUGGAGUUUUCUGGGAAGACCAUUAGAAAAAUUUGACCUCGGUUUUGCUGCUUAUGUCUCGUAUUUGCAUAUGGAAGUAACAUAUACCAAUCCAGUAAUGCUCGCUUUUUGUUAUUCACUUUUUGAUGAUAUCAUUCAACGGCGACCAAAACAUUGUUAUGAUGAUGAAUGUUGUAUUGCUCCAGGUGAACUUGAUGAUGACAAUGAAACUGAGACUGUAAGACAAAAUCAACUACAACAGAACAGAACAGAUUUAACACAAAAUUCUCCACCAGUUACAUACAGACGGCGAAAUAACAAUGAUGGAUCAGUAGAAGUUAAUACUAUUUCUAAUGUAGAUAAACCAAUAUCGAAAAGAACAUCACAAAUAGAAACAAACCAACAGCAACAAGAUCUUUUAACAACAGAAUCUCAACGUGGAUCCAUAAUAUCUACUAAAGAAAAUCGAAAGAAUAUUAGUAAAAAAACAAAACAAAAACAGUCAAAUAUUGACAACGAAGAAAAACAAAGUAAUGCUUCGACUAGUACUGGAUCUACUUCUCGGCAGCAAUUACAAUUUAGUUCUGCUCCUCCAAUACCAAUUCGUAAAGAUCUACCAUUCGAACAAGAUCAAAGUGAUGAUCGAAUUGAUGGUGAUAGAAGUUUGAAACGAAAACCAUAUCCAACUGUUGCAAAACUUAUUUCACAAAAAGAAACACGUUUAUCAUCAAUUCUACAAUCAUCAAAAAUAAAUAUAGAUAAUCAAACAGACGAAGAUGAAGAUGAAAAUAUAUCAAAGCCAAAAUAUAAAACUAAAGAAAAGAAACAGAAAAAAUCAAUAAAAUUACAAAUUCAUGAAGAUGAAGAUGAAGACAGCAGUCUAUCUAAACAAAUAAUAGUAGCAGCUGAAAAGAAGAAACAACGAUCGGAAACAAGAAAAAAGAAAUCACCACAAACAGCGAUAAUUGAAGACGACGAUGAUAAUGAUGGCGCGCUAAAACAACAACAAUCAAACAAAAAGAAAAUUUCGAAUAAAUCAAAGAAAGAUAUCUCAAAAUCAAACAUUUCGAAAGAAGAUGACAAUAGUAGACGUACUGCUAAAACUUCUAAUACUAUUAAAAUGAUCAUUCCAUCUAAACAACCUAUACGAAACAAUCAAAUAAUAAAACAAGAUUCAUCAUCGGAUAAUACUUUUGAUAGUACUACACGAUCAUCUAAACCUCAACAAGAUACAACUUCAACAUCAUAUGAAAUUAUUGAUCGAAAAGUACGAAAAAAACCUGAUUCUAGUCAACAUACAAAAGCUAAGAAAUCUACAGACAAAUAUCAUCAAGACACAGUUCGAACAGAAGAAGAAGAUGUUGCUGUUCGACCAACAACAGUCUAUUCACCACCAUCAUAUAAUUUAGCAACAACUCCACUUGAUUCAUAUUUUUUACGAACAAUUUCAUAUCGUAAAGCUCAAGAAAAUACACCACCACUAACCCUACAUCGACCAUAUAUUUCUCCCAUACAACGUAUGCAUCAAGAUACAAAUGAUGAUGAUAGUCCUUAUUCUGAAAUAGUAAAUGAUACAAUUCGAUCGAGUAUUAGUAAUCGUUCUUAUUCAAAAAUAGGAUCAUUAAAAACUUCAUCCAGUUAUUCAAAUAAACAACAAAAAUUAGAAGAACAAAAACAAACUGAAGAUGAUACCAAUGUCGAAACGGAAGAAGAAGAAGAAGAAGAAGAAGAACAAGAAGAAAGACCAGACGAAUCUCAUCUUUUAAGAUCUCAACCAACAUCAUUUCCUACAUUGCCAACAGCUAAUUCAACAAUGAAUACUUCAAUUAAAUCAGAAAAAGAUCAAGAAAUUGAAAGAAUUAAACGAAAGAAACGAUUACGCUUUCGUUGGCAUUUUCUUUAUACACUUAUUAGAAAUUAUCAUCUAUUUGAUUUAAGAAAAGAAAUACAAAGUCGACUUGCUCAUUUACAUUUACAAAGAAGUAGUCUUAUUGAUGAACAACAAUUUCUAACGACUACUACAGCUGAAGAACCAGAAACUACUAUGCAGACAAUAGAAUCUCUGGUACCAGGAGAACGUAGAGGCUUAGGAUCAUUAACAUCAGAUAUACCAACACCAAUAGAACGACGACCUCCAUCAACUCAUCGUUUAUUUUCUGUGCCUGUAUCUUUACUUAAUGAUUAUCCACAAAGUCCAGCUGAACGAUAUAUUGCAAAUCGUGCACGUAUGUUAUAUGAUGUUAGUGCUGAACAAAUGAAUUCACCUCAUAUUUCAUCUGUAUCACAAACACCUACAAUAAUUUCAGCAUAUAAUCAACAACAACAACGAAAUCUAAUGACUACGACCUUAAGUGAUCAAAGUCUUGGUUUUCAUGUUUCACCUAGUGUUAUUGUUCAUCCACCAUCUGAUACUAGUACAAGAUCACGUGAGAAACAAGUAAAUGAUUAUCCAAUCCGACGUGCAUUACAACGAGAACUUCUCACAUCAUCAUUAUUUCAACCUGUAUCCACCUCAAAUCAAUCUACAGCUGAUUAUCCUCUAGCAGCUUCGUCCAUUGUAACUUCUCCAACAUUAUGUACACAAAUGAGUCAUGAUCAACAUAUGCAAGUAUGGCGUCAAAAUCAGGUAGAAAAACUCCAAAAACGACGACGACACUGUUAUAUCUAUGGUACACCAUCACAACAACCUUUAGUAGAUAGAGUUUCCACAGCUACCAUUCUCACACCACAAAUUCUUAUGACUAUACCAAAACAACAACAAGCUCCAUCAACAUCAAGUGAUGGUAAAACUCGACGAAUACCAACUAUUUCACCAUUUCGAUUUCCAGUUCCAUCAGAUCAAGUGUAUACUGCACCAUCAUCUACUAUAAGUGAUAUACAAGUAGAAACUAAUAAUCAAAAAUCGAAAAGAAAUCGUCGACAGAAAAAAAUUCCUAUUCCACAAAAACGUAUGGAACGUCUCGAUGAAGAUAUUCAAGAAACGUCUAAUGCAAACAAAUCAUUAAAAAUGACAUCAGCAUCAACCCGUCGAAAAGAUGUACAAAGUAGUUCAUCUGAUAUUACAGAAGUUUAA